GCACCCCCAAGCUGACGCCGGAGUUGCUGUUUUCAGUGGUUGCAGAGGAUCGCACACUUGACCUUCAGGCAGAGAAUCCACAGCUGCACAAGCGCUGGGUCGAGGGCUUGCGCCUGCGAUUUCAGAGCUUCGCGGGAAGCCCAGACCUGGCUCUGGGCUGGCCGGAAUCCAUCCAGAAAUAG